GUCUCUACACAUCUGCUUCUGCUUUCCUGUUAACUGUAUUCUCUCUUUUUCAAAAACUCAUCUUCUCCUCUCUUUCACUUAUCACUUUCCACUCCCACUCUCUCAGGCAGGCGGCGCCAUCAAAUGAUUAAUAUAACCGAUACAUUAAACCCUUUUCAUAUCCAAAUCUGAUCAACAUCUUCCCAAUCUAUCACCAAUAUUUUAUUUUCUAAAUAAUAAAUGGUUACUUACGACCCUGCUGCUUCCAGUGGAAGCAGCAAUGGAACCUCUUCCUCUUCAGCUAACAAACCAUCCGCCGACAUCGAUGGGUUACUCGCUGGAGCCGGUUACAAGGUACGAUCUUCCGAGCUCCGUCAGGUGGCUCAGCGUCUUGAACGACUUGAAAACGUUAUGGUUAACUCUCCCGCUGAGAUUUCUCUACUCGCCUCCGAUACCGUCCAUUACAAUCCCUCUGAUCUUGCCUCCUGGGUUGACUCUCUUUUGUCCGAAUUUAACCAGCCUGUCCCUGUACCAACCAAUCUACCCGACUUUCCCGAUCUAAUGGCUGGUCCCGGUCCAGGCCCCCCACCAAAUCAGACGGUAGUGAAUAAUUACUUGGCCGACAAUAUAAUUCCAUCUCAACUACCUGAGCAGAAUAUACCUGCGCAACAGCCGCAGUUGAUGGUGGUUACGGCCAUGGAAGAAGAUUCCGGAAUAAGACUGGUCCACAUGUUAUUGACUUGCGCCGAAUCAGUACAACGUGGAGAGCUGGCAUUAGCUGGUUCGCUCAUCGAAGAUAUGAAAAGCUUGCUCACUCAUGUUAAUACCGGUUGCGGUAUCGGAAAAGUGGCUGGGUACUUCAUCGACGCAUUGAGCCGCCGGAUUGUCGGAGUCGGUGGCGCCGUCUGCGGCUCCGCCUACGAAAAUGAGUUUUUAUAUCAUCACUUCUACGAGGCCUGUCCUUACUUAAAAUUCGCUCACUUCACAGCUAAUCAGGCGAUUUUAGAAGCUUUCGACGGUCACGACUGUGUCCACGUGGUUGAUUUUAAUUUGAUGCAUGGUUUGCAAUGGCCAGCGUUGAUUCAGGCAUUGGCUUUGCGUCCAGGUGGGCCUCCCUUGUUGCGGUUAACGGGCAUUGGCCCACCGUCGCCGGAUGGGCGUGACUCUCUCCGCGAAAUCGGGUUGCGGCUGGCGGAGUUGGCCCGGUCCGUGAAUAUCAGGUUCGCUUUUCGUGGCGUAGCGGCUUCGCGCCUGGAGGAUGUAAAGCCGUGGAUGCUCCAGGUUAGCCCAAAGGAAGCCUUGGCGGUCAAUUCAAUCAUGCAGCUGCAUAAACUACUAGGGUCGGACCCUAGCCGAAAUUCACCGAUAGAAAUGGUACUGGGUUGGAUCCGAAACUUGAACCCGAAGAUCAUGACAGUAGUUGAGCAAGAAGCGAAUCAUAACCAAUCCGAAUUCUUGGACCGGUUUAGUAAGGCUUUGUAUUACUACUCAACGAUGUUCGACUCACUUGAGGCUUGUUCACUUCAGCCGGAGAAGGCUGUAGCCGAAAUUUAUAUACAGAGAGAGAUAUGUAACGUUGUGUGUUGCGAGGGAGCGGCUAGGGUGGAGAGGCACGAGCCGCUGGCAAAGUGGAGGACGCGGCUUCAAGGAGCCGGUUUUAGGCCAUUGCAUUUGGGUUCUAACGCGUUUAGGCAAGCCAGUAUGCUUCUCACACUUUUCUCGGCGGAGGGAUAUUGUGUUGAGGAAAACGAAGGGUGUUUGACACUGGGUUGGCACAGCCGCCCUCUCAUCGCCGCUUCGGCAUGGCAAGCCUUGCCCGAUCCCAUCAUCAAUCAUCACGCCAGUAACAGUAAUAACAUCAUGUAAAUUUUAAGUAAUGCUCUUGUUAGUUUCAAGGAGAUUUUACUUGGAGGAGGAAUUAUAUGUAGUUUGCACUGUUUUUAUUACUACCUCUUCAUGCAACUAUAAUACACACAACAAAUUCUUACUUUUA